AUGACAAGCCCGGCUGAGGUGGUGCGCAAAGCCAUAGCGACACCAUCUUCAUGCUCGCCAACCACUACCACUACACUGCAGGCUCUUCUGGCUUCCUCUCAAGAUGCGCACCCGAAGCCUCCGAAGACGCCGGCAAGGACAACAUCCACUCGCAAACCGCCAGCCACGAGGACAGCGAGGACCAAGGCAGCCCCUGCUGCGCCCGCCGAUGCGACCCCCACCUUGACUGCCCAAGAGCGAUACAAACUAGCCACAGAUGUCGUCAAUCUGGCGCUGAAGGUCCUGACCGAUGCGACAAAGACGUCCACACCUUCGCCCUCACCCACACCUUCCACCAAGAAGCCUCUCUCGUCUGGCUUGAGCGCAGUCGCUGAGUGCGCCCGCAUCGCCUUCUCACAUCUUCGUUCUGCACGUCCGUCGGGAGAUGCGUCCCUGCAGCUGGAGACAGGCAUGCUUGCCCUGUCCUCGAAAAUGAUCGCCCUGGGAAUGGAUACACUGGCGAUGAAAGAGCUGCGCAUACUCAAGACGUGUAUACAUCGAAAAUCAGAAGGAGUCAGCCCAGAUCCCCCAACGGAGAAGGAAACUCUCGCUACACUUUUACACCUCGAAUGUCGCACGUCGGAUGUCAAGGUCUUGUCGCUGGCUGUCUCAUACCAUCUGAACGUCCUGAGACUCGUUGCCAAUUCCGGGCGACCUGCCACCAUUGAGGCUUCAUUACCCCAUCUCUUGCUAGACAAUCCUAUCUCUGCCGCCUCGCUCAUGCUACGGUCUAUCGAUUUGUCCGAAGACAAGAACAAAUUGGCAAGACAGAUGGACACCCUCUCGAAACUUGUCUUGUCAAUGUGUCCAUCACAUUCGACCUCGAUGGACCGUGUUGCUAGAGAUGUCAAAACACACGCUUCUCCAGAUGUCGUAUUCGAGCUUCAAACCAUCGCACUUCUUCUCCAGACGAAAUGGUGGCCAAUAGCUGGGCACAGAGCCAAUUUGCAGAAAGAGAUCUAUGAACCGCUGAGUCGAUUCUUGGACGCGUACAAAAGGCGCGCUGAGAACAGAGGACAGCAGGCUUACAGAAAGGCCAUUGAUUGUGUGAGCACUCUUAUCGAGCUAGAGAAACCCAACAGUGCUACUCCACCUCUGCCCUCAACUCUUUACAAGGUACUGAGUGCAUUCGCCGAAGCUUUCGGUAUGCACGAUGAAGCCUUGCGAUACACCGACUUCAUGUCGUCAACGACGGACAAUGUUUCCGGACCCAACAUGACAUUACUCUGUACAAUUCGAGCCAUGGCACUUUGCUUUGAUUGUGAUCGUGAUCCCGAUCUGGCAACACUACAGCGUCAAGCUAUCUGCAACGCUCUUGAAACAUGCACACGUCUGUUGGAUAUCAAUUCAGACUCUGAAGCGGAACAUCUAGUGGUCAAUAUCUCUAAUUUGUAUUGGCGCUGCUUCCAACUUUUAGCUUCCAAGACGGGAGAGUCAUCGUCAGAGGCCAUUUCUUGUCUUCAAGCAUCCAUUGACAUUCUACAUGAACGCGCAUCCAUCCACCAGGAAGCUGGUUUCUUAGCAGCGAAACUAGAGAAGUUCGGCAGCAUAGCCAAGUCGUGCUCCAUCUUGGCUGAAGCCAUUAGAGUUCAGCUUCGCUCUGGUGUCUUGCAUGAUAUGGCACAGAUCGCAGAUUCCAGACCACUUUCUAUCGUUCUACAAUCGGAUCGGAAAACACAAUUGUUAAGCCGCAACCUCCACGAGUAUCACACAUCUGCAGCCAAAGAUUCUGCGAGUGUCGCCUUCUUCGAUGAUGACUCCUUGAAGUUGUCGGAACGAGCGACUUUGCUCGAGAUUCAGCUAGCUUUCUUCGAAGAAGAUUUGUUCAAGCCAUCACACCGUAAAAGAGUAGCAGCGGAUAUGCAAUGUCUGUCCACCAAACUCCUCGGGUUGUACGACAAAGAUAGCUUCCCGCUCCGGAGAGGACGUGUUUGCGCCCGGCUUCUCAGAUUCUCGAACGAGUUUCCGGAUCUCGUCGAUGACGAGACGAAGGAGGCCAUGAUGGCUAGCAAAAUUCUGCACAGCUCACUCAACAAAGAUGAUGGUCUCAAGACAUUUGCAACCUAUUUGGACAUAUCCCUCUCGCUGGCUCAAGCAUUUCAAGCAAAAGAAACCUCCAUUGAGGAUAUCAAGACAGCAAUACAGAGAUUGUCAUCUCUGCUGAAGCAAUUGAGUACGUGGGACUCGAUCUCGGAAGAAGUUGAUGAUGUGGAUACCUUGACAUCGGAGCUGCACUUCGUAGUCUCCUUCUUGGCAAUGAAGGGUCAAGACAGUUCGCGCCUCGAGACACUCGAAUUGCUCUCCCAUCUUCAACAUCUGAGACCUUCGUUGGAGCCAUCACCUGUCUUGAGUACUGCAGCGCAACUUGCUCUGCAAUACAUGAGUCUGGGCUAUUCAUCUGAGGCAUGUCGCAUUCUCGAACAAGACGCACCUCUUCUGGCACAGCCCAAUGUUUCAACUCUUGCAAAGCUUGAAUGGCAUGUUGCCCAGGCAGAAAUCUGGACAACACUAGGACAAGCCGGCCCUGCGGCCAAAUCGAUGGCAUCUGCAAUCGAGUGUAUGCAUUCAUUCCCAAAAGUGGACCACGCAACGAAAGCCCAUGCGCAGAUUGUACGAGCACGAUUUGCCUUCGUAUCUUCGUUGUAUGCAAGAAGCAUAGGACAAGUGAAGCAAGCCAUGGUUCAUGCAAAACGCUAUGUACUGUCAUGCCAGCAGACAUUGACCUUCUUAGAACUUCAACAUGCUCCUCGACUUGAUACCUCAGGCUCAACUACCUCACAAGAAGAGCUCGCCAAUGCGGUGGACAAGCUGAACAUCUCCGAGUCUGGCCGAGCAUCACAGCCAGAGCCAGACCACACUAUGAACCAAGGCGCUGCACUCUCUUCUAUCGUUCCAGAUCUACUCAACAGCUUUCUGCAUCUUGCAGAAACUUAUGCGCAUCAGGGAUUACGAACUGAAGCUUCCUAUUAUCUGGACCAGGCAGAUGUCUUGGUAACUCGAGUUGGAGCGCCCGAAUUGCGUACCAAGAUUUUAGUCCAGCGCGAAGCUCAGGCGUACAUUGAAGGCAUCGAGAUCAACAGCCAAGUCGACGACAGUCAUCUUGUGGAUUCCAUUGAUUUGGUAAAGUUGGGCAUCACACGGGGAGACAUCUUUGCAGCAGAAGAAGAAAAUUGGGAGAGAGCACAGCAGGAGUAUGAGAAGGCUGAAUCUAUGGCUGCUCGGCUUGCAAGCAAGCGCUUCAUCGAGAAGCCUGGAGCUCCAAGACUCCAGCUCGACAAGAGCCGAGUGCUCAAAGCUGCUCCUGUUCCAAAUGGCAAGCGCGCUGUAGCCAAAACUGCUGCGUCCAAAGUACCACCUGCAAAGACGCCCAAGAAAGCAAAUACGAAGGCUAAAACCCCCACUGCCACGACUGCCCCCAACCAGGAGAACGUUCCAAUAUCUAGCCUGUGCUCAGCGACGCUUAGACAACGCGGCCUCCUGUUGAUCAAUCAGGGCGAGACUGACCUUGGCCUGGAGCUCUUGGAGCGAGCCGAAUGCAUGAAGUGCGACUCGACUCAAGAAGUCCUGCAGCAACUGGCAAUGGCAGAAGGGCUACUGCGUAAGUUCGGAGACGAAUUGAGUCUGGAUUUCACGUUCAAUGUCUUGCCUGAGUCGACCAUAUCUUUUCCUGCGCUGUCUACCACUGUCAGCAGAAAGCCCACGACACAAGCAUCACUCUCGUCAACGCCAAUGUCCCUUGCCAACUCCACUACUCCAAAAAAGACCAGCCGGCAGAAGCGUGCUGAUGAUGAAUUUGCUCGCUUCCUCUGUGAAGCACAGGACCGUCUUUCAAACAUACAGCGCCGGUGUGCAAGCACCGCUGGCAUGUCCGUGUUCCACCAGCUAUGCGGCUUGGGCUCGAAGGCUAUGUUGCUACUCUCAGCUCUUAAUGCCAACAUACCCCUCUCGGGAUCGUUGCAUCCUACACGUGCGGCUUGCUCUAUCGAAAUGUCUCGCAUCGAGGCGUUCUCUCGAGAAUUAGACACCGUAGAGGCCGAGAAAGAGUAUCAUAGCCACGAAUCUAUAGAACAGCUGAUUACUCAUGGCUCCAGUAGUCAUCUUUCGGCGGCAAAGUUCCAGAAAGAAUACAUCGACAUCAUUCCCAAUAGCUGGACUGCGGUGUCCGUGACACUGAGCGAGGAUCAAAACGAGCUUUACCUUGUGCGAUACCGAGCAAACCAUGCACCUUUCUUACUGCGUCUACCGAUGACGCGUAACAAGAUGCAGGAUAUCGAAGAUGAUGAGGAGUCCCCGACAUUCGAUUUCGAGUCUGGCAAGGCUGAAUUGCAGGAGAUUAUUGAGCUCUCAAACUACAGCUGCAGCAAGCCUCCUCAAUCCAUGACGCAAGAAGCCAAGCAGAGCUGGUGGGAUGAGCGAGAAGCGCUGGAUCUUCGCAUGCAAGAAUUAAUUGUCAAUAUUGAAAACAUCUGGCUUGGUGGUUUCAAGGGUGUGUUGUCCCAGAACCGCAAAGACCCAGAAUUGUUGGCUCGGUUCAGGAAGUCACUGGAUGGAAUAUUGGACCGUCACCUCCCUUCCAGACAAGGCACGAAAAGCAAGGCCAAGAAGCUCGUUCUUGACUCCAACAUCGUCGAAUUGUUCAUCGGUCUUGGAGACGACCAUGAUGGUGAGAUUGAUAUGGACGAGCAAGUGCUCGACCUUCUUUACUUCGUCAUCGACAUUCUCCAGUUCAAUGGCGAGCGCAACGCGUAUGAUGAAGUUGACUUUGAUGUCAUGGCUACCGAGACUAUGGAUGCUCUGAGGUCUUACCAUGAAGCAGCCAACUCGAACGAAUCCGAUCAAAAUCACCUGAUACUCAUCCUUGACAGAAAGCUACACGGCUUUCCUUGGGAGAGUUUACCCUGUCUCCAGAACGUCAGUGUGAGCAGAGUCGGUAGCAUGCUUACGCUUCGUGAACGUAUCCUCGCCAUGCGUCGUCAGAUGAAGGACAACACCGAAGAAAAAUACUUCGUCAACAAGCAGUCCGGAACGUUCAUUCUCAACCCGUCAGGAGAUCUGUCUAGGACACAGACUACCAUGUCGCCAUUGCUCGACUCUCUAUCAAAGUCCUCAGGCUCAUCUUGGCAAUCAACCAUCAACAAGUCUCCCGCAGAAAGAGAUUUCGCGACAGCACUAUCAGACAGAAGCAUGCUCCUAUACUUUGGUCAUGGCAGCGGCAAUCAAUACAUUCGUAACCGCACCAUCAAGAAGCUCGACAAAUGCGCCGAGGUGGUGUGGCUGAUGGGCUGUUCCAGCGGCACAGUAACAGAACAUGGCGACUAUGAGCCCACAAGUGUGCCGCUCAGCUACCUCGUCGCGGGUAAAAGAAAGAACGACAUCAGUAUUUCAGAUGAGGAAACCAAGACCCUGCGCAACGACAACAGAGAAGGUCUUUGCAUGGCUGUGGUUGCAACACUCUGGGAUGUCACGGACAAGGACAUCGAUCGAUUUGCCGUCAAGACAGGCGAGCAUUGGGGUCUAUGGUCUUCUGCACCUGCACCUUCCCCGAUGGAGCUCGCACCCCCCAAGACGCCACGCAAAAGAGGGAGAUCAGUACCCAAGACACCCUCCAAGACGCCAUCACGCACACCAGGUGGGAGAAGUAGAAGUCGUCUUGUGAUGAGAGACGAAGAAGAGACCAGAAAAAAGAGUCUCGUUGAAGCAGUGAUGCUGAGCAGAGAUGCUUGUAACUUAAGGUAUUUGAACGGCGCAGCGACGGUUGUAUAUGGAGUUCCUGUAUACCUUGGCGAUUAUUAG